UCCCGUGCCGUUACCGUCACAUUCACAGUCCACUGGACGACCGCCAACGUCCUCGCCGUCACCGUCAAAACCGCCGUCCUCCUCGUCGUCCCCCCACCUCUCCGCAGGGCUGCACUCCUUUUUAUGGCGGAGCUUCCAAUCCAACGCCUGGCACGCGCGCGAGCAGUAGUUCACGGCACCGCAAACCGAGCACCGCCGGAACUCGUGCGGCCGCGUCUCGGGCCUCCCGCAGCCCGCGUGCGAGCACAGGCGGAGGCCCGAGCCCAGCCCGUCCUCGGCCCGACCGGAGAACCAACCCGAGAGGAACCGGUUGGCAGCGUGGGCCUCCGGCUCCGGCACGUUGCAGCCGAAAUCGCUGAGGAGGGGGCAGCCGCCUCCAGCGGAGGCCGGCUGUCGGUGGUGGUUACAGGUGAGCCAGGAGCGGGGGACGACGGCGGAGGGGUUGGCGACGAGGACGAGAGCGAGCUCGCGGGCGUUGGCCUUGACCAGGAAGCGGCGGCCCUCGGCGACGUUCCGGCGGACGCCAUACCCGUCCUGGAGGCAGUGGCCGAGUUCCCGGAGGGCGUCGACGUGUCCGAGGAAGGCGGCGCGGGCGCAGAGGGCGACGCCGGCGCGGAGGUCCUUGUCGUUCUUGGAGCCGCCACUUCCGUUGAACUGGAUGACGGCGAGAGAGUAGAGGGCCGGCGCGUGCGAUGCAAUCGCGGCCUUGGCCAUCAGGGAUGCGCCGCUCCCUCGGUUUUGCAGGCAGUAGAAUCGAAUCUGUUUCGGUUGGAAAAAAAAAAUACUAACCAUGCCAAGAGUGUAACAAGCCUCGACGCUGCCGGAAUCGGCACAGAGUUUGAGGAAUCGGUGAGCCGACUCGGACCAGUUGAUGAAAUCAGCGGGGCAGCCGGCGGUGGAGCCGAGUUUGCAGAGAACACAGAGGACGAUAUCGUCCGGCAAGGCUUCGAACAAAUCACACCCUCCACCGUUUUCCGGCGAGGCCCGCAUCCUUUUCCGGCAUCCGGGUUGUUCUCCGGCGGCCGCCGCCGGCUUCCUCCUACGAUUAUUCACGGCACACAUGUUGGGCAGUCGAGGAUAGCA